UACCAAGGUGUCCCUCCUCAGCAGUAAGUUCAAUCAGUUAUAUGGCGAUACUAUGGUUCGCCUUGCGCCGCUGUGAGCUGACGGACUAUUUCCCACUAGACUAUGUCAACUUCCUGCUCGUCAUGGUGCCUAUUGGUAUUGUGGCUGGAAAGCUGCACUGGAGCCCAGUCGCCGUCUUCACCAUUAACUUCUUCGCCAUUAUCCCCCUCGCCGCUGUUCUGUCCUUUGCCACUGAACAAAUCUCGAUGAAGCUGGGCGAGGCCCUCGGAGGCCUGCUCAACGCUACCUUUGGAAACGCCGUCGAGCUGAUUGUCAGCAUUGUCGCCCUGAAGGAAGGUCAAAUCGAGGUUGUCCAGUCGUCUAUGCUAGGCUCCAUUCUUUCCAACCUGCUGCUUGUCAUGGGCAUGUGCUUCUUCUUUGGCGGUAUUGUCAACAUGCGCGACAGAGUUACUGGCCAGGGCAUGGAACAGAGUUUCGCCUCUGCUACGGCGCAGACCACUUGCUCGCUGAUGACGCUGUCUUCGGCAUCGCUGGUCAUCCCUGCUACGCUCUACUCGGUUCUCGACAAGGCCGACAGCGAAGAGAAGGAGCACAGCAUCUUGGUACUCUCCCGCGGUACCGCCAUCAUCCUGCUAAUGCUCUAUGUCUUGUACCUCUGGUUCCAGCUGCGCACUCACCCCAAUCUCUUUGAUGCCGAGACUCAGCACCACCACGAGGAGGAGGUCGAGGAGCCGAUCAUGGGCCCUAUUGCGGCAGCCGUCGUCCUCGUCGUCACCACCGUCUUGGUCGCUAUUUGCGCCGAUUACCUCGUCGAAAGCAUCGAUCCCAUUGUCGAAACCGCCCACAUCAGUAAAAAUUUCAUUGGUCUCAUUCUCAUUCCCAUUGUUGGUAACGCGGCAGAACACGUCACGGCUGUCGUCGUAGCUAUCCGCAACAAGAUGGACCUCGCCAUGGGUGUUGCCAUUGGCUCCAGCAUCCAGAUCGCCCUUCUCGUCACCCCGUUCUUGGUCAUCCUCGGAUGGGCUGUUCUCGACAAGCCCAUGACCCUCCACUUUGAGACUUUCGAGACUGUCGCCUUCGCAUUCUCCGUGCUGGUCGUUACGUACACUGUUCAGGACGGCAAGUCCAACUACUUGGAGGGUGCCAUGUUGCUUGGUCUGUACAUCAUCAUCGCCUUGGCCUUUUACGUCAGCCCCAGCGAAGCCAUCGACCGGGUUUUGUCCGUUGUUCAGGGUUGAGAUAACUGAGCGCUGAAAAUGCCGAGGUUACAAAACAAUUCGCAAGGCGCAGUUUGCCGGGCUCCUUUGUCUACGUCAGCAAACAAACUUAUCCUACCACUAUAUUCGGGUAGGCGUCUUGACGCUGUGUUGAUUACGGGACGAUACCCAACGGUCACGUCGAGCCCACGGACACCGAGUGACUGAAUAUUCUAUCUUUGGGGAUGAUGCGCCCCCGGUGCGCAUUUCCCUUGUGUACGUAGUCCGACCUGUAUUAUAUUCCCUUGGUGUGGCUGUUUUGUUUUUCCGGGAGGCCAAGGUCUCAGGUCUCUCCGCAAAAACGGAGAAAAUUGAAUGGAGCAAAGGAACAGAGAAAGAAAGAAAAAAUCAUUGGUUCGCAAGGUCCGUAAUUGCUAGUCUUUGUCUUGAGAGUAAGAAAGAAUAUACCAUUAUCGUCUUAAGAACGAA